CUCAUUAUAUCUUUCCUUUCCUUCAUUGUAGUGUACCCAUUUUGAAUGCGUUCUCUCUCUGCUCUUUGGGUCCCUGGUGAAUCUAGAACCACUAACUAGCUUCUCUCUUCUUGCUAUCAUCACUCUCUUAGUUACUCACCUGAAUGCCGGAAAACAUGAGUAUAUCUGUGAAUGGACAAUCUCAAGUCCCACCUGGUUUCCGCUUUCAUCCAACUGAAGAGGAGCUUCUUCAGUACUACUUGAGGAAGAAGGUCUCUUAUGAGAAGAUUGACCUCGAUGUGAUUCGUGACGUUGAUCUCAACAAGCUCGAACCAUGGGACAUACAAGAGAAAUGCAAAAUAGGAACCACUCCACAGAAUGAUUGGUACUUCUUUAGCCACAAAGAUAAGAAGUACCCCACAGGAACACGCACCAAUCGCGCCACUGCUGCAGGGUUCUGGAAGGCCACUGGGCGUGACAAAGUUAUAUACAGCAACGGUAAAAGGAUUGGAAUGAGAAAGACUCUGGUUUUCUACAAAGGAAGAGCCCCACAUGGCCAAAAGUCAGAUUGGAUCAUGCAUGAAUACAGGCUGGACGACAAUAACACCAGCGACACCAAUAUUGUGUCAAAUGUGAUGGGAGAUGCUGCUCAGGAAGAAGGGUGGGUGGUGUGUAGGAUAUUCAAGAAGAAGAACCAUCUCAAAACCCUAGACAGCCCUUUAGCUUCCUCAAUCUCUGGGGAAGCUAGAAGAAGCCACUUGUUUGACUCAUGUGACGAGGGUGCUUUGGAGCAAAUACUUCAACAAAUGGGAAGGGGUUGCAAGGAAGAGAACAACUACGAAGGAAACUACAACUAUGGAAGGUUUGCAAGGCCUUUUGACACGGGUCUGAACAAUGGCAGUGUCUACAAUGAUAGGUUCAUGAAACUUCCAAGCCUAGAGAGCCCAAAAUCCACAAGCAUGGAGAGCCAGCACAACAACACUGAUAACAACAAUGACAACAACAACAAUAAUGGGUACCAUCCCAUUAUUCCAGUGGACAAUGAAGGGUCAUUCACAACCCACCAGGUGAGUGGUGGUGACCCAAACAUGGUUCAUCCCUUGGAGGCAUCAUCAUCAAUGGUGCUAGGAUCAGGUGGUGGAGGCCUCACCAAUUGGGCAGCGUUGGAUCGAUUAGUUGCUUCUCAGCUGAACGGCCAAACAGAGGCUUCUAGGCAAUUGGCAUGCUUCAACGACCCCACCAUGGGGUAUUGCACUAGCGACCAUGAUCUUCAAUUACCCACCCUUCGAUCUUCAUCAUCCUCUUCAACGUCAACACACACAAGACCAGCAACUGCUACUGCAACUACUGCUGCUGCUUCUUACAUUAGUCCCACACAGGACUACACUAGCGAGAUUGACCUUUGGAACUUUGCUCGAUCCACAUCUUCCUUGUUGUCAUCCUCUGAACCCCUGUGCCACGUGUCCAACACGUCAGUGUAGCGGGAUAAAUCAAAUAAUAAUAAUCAUAAUCAUAAUAAUAAUAUAUCCCCCUUUCUUCAUUCUCCCAUGUUCUAUUGUUAAAUAUAGAAAUAAUUAGUCUUUGAUCAUAUAUCAAGUUUAGUUCUUCUCAAGUCAGAGGAUUAUUAUUAC